CCCUUCCUCCCAUCGUGAGGAGAGGGUCGCUUUCUUCUGGAGUCAGUCACCACCGCUGGAUUGGUGGGGGUUCUUUUCCCUCUUUACACCCCCACUCUUGAAGGGAGAAGAAGAUGCCGCUGCCGUUUGGAUUGAAGCUGAAACGCACCCGGCGCUACACUGUGUCCAGCAAGAGCUGCCUCGUUGCCCGGAUCCAGCUGCUCAAUAACGAGUUUGUGGAGUUCACCCUGUCUGUGGAGAGCACUGGCCAGGAGAGCCUAGAGGCUGUGGCCCAGAGACUGGAGCUGCGGGAGGUCACUUACUUCAGCCUCUGGUAUUUCAACAAGCAAAAUCAGCGCCGGUGGGUAGAUUUGGAAAAACCUCUGAAGAAGCAGCUGGAUAAAUAUGCGUUGGAACCUACCGUCUACUUUGGAGUGGUGUUUUAUGUGCCUUCAGUCUCACAGCUGCAGCAGGAGAUUACCAGGUAUCAGUAUUAUCUGCAGCUGAAGAAAGAUGUCUUGGAAGGAAACAUUCCUUGUACGUUAGAACAAGCAAUUCAGCUAGCAGGCUUAGCAGUUCAAGCUGAUUUUGGUGAUUUUGAUCAAUAUGAAUCCCAGGAUUUUCUUCAGAAAUUUGCCUUGUUUCCUGUGGGGUGGUUACAAGAUGAAAAAGUAUUGGAAGAAGCAACCCAAAAAGUGGCCUUACUACAUCAGAAAUACAGAGGGCUCACGGCUCCUGAUGCUGAGAUGCUGUACAUGCAGGAGGUAGAGAGAAUGGACGGCUAUGGCGAAGAGAGCUACCCUGCCAAGGAUAGCCAGGGCAGCGACAUAUCCAUUGGAGCAUGUCUUGAAGGUAUCUUUGUGAAACACAAGAAUGGAAGGCCUCCUGUGAUAUUUAGGUGGCAUGAUAUUGCUAACAUGUCCCACAACAAGUCUUUUUUUGCAUUAGAGCUGGCAAAUAAAGAGGAGACCAUCCAGUUUCAAACUGAAGACAUGGAAACAGCAAAAUAUGUAUGGAGACUCUGUGUUGCACGACACAAAUUUUACAGACUAAACCAGUGUAACUUGCAAACUCAGACCAUCACAGUGAACCCCAUCAGGAGGAGGUCUUCUUCAAGGAUGUCUCUGCCUAAGCCCCAGUCCUAUGGGAUGCCCCCCCCACCCCAGCUGCAUUACAAUGGACAUUAUCCAGAACCGUAUGCUUCUUCCCAAGAUAACCUCUUUGUGCCCAACCAGAAUGGAUACUAUUGUCACUCUCAGACAAGUUUGGAUAGAGCCCAGAUUGACUUCAAUGGUCGAAUCCGUAAUGGCAGCAUCUACAGUGCACAUAGCACUAACUCUUUAAAUAACCCUCAACCCUACUUGCAGCCCUCACCUAUGUCUUCCAACCCAAGCAUUACUGGGAGUGACGUCAUGAGACCCGACUAUGUCCCGUCACAUCGGCACAGUGCCCUGAUCCCCCCAUCAUACCGCCCGACCCCGGAUUAUGAGACUGUCAUGAAGCAGCUCAACAGGGGGAUGGUGCAUGCAGAAAGGCAGAGCCACUCGCUGAGGAACCUCAAUAUCGGCAACUCUUAUGCUUACAGCAGGCCCGAUGCGCUGGUUUACAGCCAACCUGAAAUUCGGGAGCACGUGCAUUUGACCUCUCCCCAGUCAGCCCACUAUCCGUUCAACUUGAAUUCCAGUUUCCAUAGCCAGUCUCCUUACCCCUACCCGGCUGAGAGGCGGCCUGUGGUGGGUGCUGUCAGUGUGCCUGAGCUGACCAACGUGCAGCUGCAGGCCCAGGAUUACCCUGCUCCGAACAUCAUGAGAACACAGGUGUACCGCCCGCCCCCGCCCUACCCAUACCCGAGGCCCGCCAACAGCACCCCAGACCUGUCCCGCCACCUCUACAUCAGCAGCAGCAACCCGGAUCUCAUCACCAGGCGAGUGCAUCACUCGGUGCAGACGUUCCAGGAGGACAGCCUGCCUGUGGCCCAUUCUCUGCAGGAGGUCAGUGAGCCCCUCACCGCGGCACGGCAUGCCCAGUUACAAAAGAGGAACAGCAUUGAGCUGGCCGGCCUGACCCAUGGCUUUGAAGGCCUGAGGCUCAAGGAGAGGACCAUGUCAGCCUCGGCGGCAGAUGUGGCACCGCGGGCCAUCUUGGCAGGCUCCCAGCCAAAUGUCUUCACUGAAAGGAUGAAACAAGAAGAGACUGAAGAGCAGGAAAGCUUGAGAUAUGGUCACAAAAAGUCUCUCUCAGACGCCACCAUGCUGAUCCAUAGCAGCGAAGAAGAAGAUUUUGAGGAGGAAAACAAGGCAUUGGCCACCCUCCCUGCCAGGCAGCUGGGCAGCUACUGCCGGGACCCACAGCCGAGCUGCCCUUGUGCUGCAGUCGCUGCAGUCACCAGCCCUCUGCACAUCCUCGAGCCCAAGGCCCACAUCACAGAGACUGAGCAGAGGGUGCGGGACGUCAGCCCCAUUCACGUGGUUGUUGAAGCCCAGCGGCCCAGAAGAGAUGGGCUGCUGUCACCCUCCAUGUCGGAGUCUGACCUCACGACCUCAGGGAGGUACCGAGCGAGGAGGGACUCUCUGAAGAAAAGGCCGGUGUCAGAUCUCCUUUCUGGAAAGAAGAACAUUGUGGAAGGACUUCCACCAUUAGGGGGAAUGAAAAAGACUCGAGUAGAUGCCAGAAAAAUUGGUCCUCUUAAAUUGGCUGCUCUAAACGGACUCUCCCUAUCUCGACUGCCUCUGCCUGAUGAAGGCAAGGAAGUGCCUACCAGAGCAACGAAUGACGAAAGGUGUAAAAUUCUGGAGCAACGGUUAGAACAGGGAAUGGUAUUCACAGAAUAUGAAAGAAUUCUUAAAAGACGGCUAGUUGAUGGCGAGUGCUCAAUAGCAAGACUCCCUGAAAAUGCAGAAAGAAAUCGGUUCCAAGAUGUCCUUCCCUAUGAUGAUGCUAGAGUGGAGUUGGUCCCAACUAAAGAAAACAAUACUGGUUACAUCAAUGCAUCACAUAUUAAGGUCUCUGUCAGUGGAAUUGAAUGGGAUUAUAUUGCCACACAGGGACCAUUACAAAAUACCUGUCAGGAUUUUUGGCAGAUGGUAUGGGAACAGGGAAUUGCAAUUAUAGCAAUGGUGACAGCAGAAGAGGAGGGUGGAAGGGAGAAGAGCUUCAGGUAUUGGCCACGACUUGGUUCCAGGCACAACACUGUCACCUAUGGAAGGUUUAAGAUCACAACCCGGUUUCGCACAGACUCUGGGUGCUUUGCCACCACAGGCUUGAAGAUGAAGCACCUGCUCACGGGGCAGGAAAGGACUGUGUGGCAUCUCCAGUACACAGACUGGCCUGAGCAUGGCUGUCCAGAAGACCUCAAAGGAUUUUUGUCAUACCUUGAAGAGAUCCAGUCUGUUCGACGCCAUACAAAUAGUACAAGUGAACCCAAAAGCCCCAACCCUCCAUUGUUGGUCCAUUGCAGUGCUGGAGUAGGAAGGACUGGCGUUGUUAUUUUGUCAGAGAUCAUGAUUGCCUGUCUGGAACACAAUGAGGUAUUGGACAUCCCCAGAGUGCUGGACAUGCUGAGGCAGCAGAGAAUGAUGCUGGUGCAGACCCUCUGCCAGUACACGUUUGUGUACAGAGUUCUCAUUCAGUUCCUGAAAAGCUCCAGGCUCAUCUAAGCUCCCACAGCCUCUCAUGGGGACCGAAUCAUGUGAAGCGUUUACAGCUAAAAAGAAGUGCUUGCCUAACUCAUACGAUACAUCAGGACAUAAAUGGUGCAGUAAGAAUGGCUGCGCACUGCAGGAAAUAUGCAAAGCACAAGGCUGAAGAGGGGGAUUUCUAACCUGGGCAAGGUGCUGAAGGAGGACUUGGUUUUGAGGGCAUUGCCCUGCUCUGGUCUGUCCAAUUUGCAGUACUUGCACACAUUUUGGAGAUUGUAUUUUCUAAACAAUUCUCUAUUUUAUGGAAGCUAUGCUGGGCAAUUCUGGCAAUCAUUAAGGAGUAUAGAUUUCUAUCUUAAACUAGUUUUUGAUAAUGGAAUUUUAUUUUAUGUCUAAAGUAUUUA